AUGCCCCGCCUCCCGAAUCGCAAGGAGCGCGCCACCAAGGCCACCCCUCAACCACCCCAACGUCCACUGCGACGCGGUAGUGAUCUCGCAACUGCAACACUGACGGCGCAACAGGACGACCUUCUCCCGUCUCGCCCUACGCCCAGCGUUUCUGGAGCCUCAACCUCCAGCGCCUCGGAGCGCGACAAAACGACCCGCACCCCCGACCAAGCCGACACCCGCGCCCAGAUCGCCAAGCUCACCAAAGACCGCGACGAGGCCAUCAGGCGCAGUAUCGACGCCGAGCGCAUCAUCGAGGCGCUCAGCCGGGCGCUGGACACCGCCGAGGCCGGCCCGGGGAUGACGGCCGACGAGGUGGCCGCUCUGAGGCGCAAGCACGAUCGCGCGGUCCGUGAUCUCGACAAGGCGACCGAGAAGAACAAGAAGCUCGAGGCCGACUACAAGGGCGCUGUCGAGGACCACAAGCGGGCCCUCAACGACCUCUCUGAGAGCAAGUUCUCCAUCGGGGCGAUGGAGAGGCGUAUCACUGCUGCCGAGGGCGAGAAGCGCAAGGUCACCGCUGAGCGCGAUCAGCUCCUGGCCGAGCGUAACCGGAUGCUAGCCUUCCUGCAGGGCAAGCACCCGCUGCCCGAGUGA